AUGGUGAAGAUUAAAGGUUCGAAGAAGCCGUCUUUGAGUCAGUCGUUAGACUCCAAGCUGGCCAAUCUCUUGUAUAAGCUGUUGGACGAGAAGACACAGGAGAAUCAACGGAGAGGGACGCAAGAGGAUGACGAUGAGUUUGCCAACAUCGCUCUUGCCAGAGAUCUCCAGGUUGGCGAUGCCAUGGUGUACGUUCAGCAGAAGGAUCUGUCGCUACAGCGAGUGAAGAAAGUUGUGCUGGAAAAGACCCUUGAGAAGAUCAUCAGAGAGAUGAGAGAGGAGGAAAGAAUUGAAAUGCAGAAUAUCCUCGGUGAGGACGAUGCCGUUGAUAGCGACUUCGAUGGAGUGGACGUUGACGAGCUGAUGGAAGUGAAGGAUGAUAAUAAGAUGAAUAAGUCGGUGGUGAAUGUGUGGAAUAUCAAGCCAGCUGACGUGCCAAUGGAGACAAGCGUAAGUGCGACUCCGUUAGAGACACCAAGGGAACAAAGUGGAGAUCAACAGGAGAACACACCGGCUGUGGAGGAAAAGAAGUCCAAGAAGAGAUCAAAGGACUCUUCUAAACCUUCAAAGAGACAAAAGGACAAGGAUAGAGCACCUCCUUCGUCGUCACUAUCAGAAAUGGGUGGUAUGGAUGAAGUAAUAACACAACUGAUGGAAAUCGUUGGAAUGCCUAUACUGCACCCGGAGAUUUACAAGACCACGGGUGUAGAGCCUCCGAGAGGUGUUUUGUUACAUGGUCCUCCAGGUUGUGGUAAGACUACAAUUGCAAAUGCCCUAGCUGGUGACUUAAAGGUUCCUUUCAUAAAUAUAUCAGCUCCUUCAGUUGUUAGCGGAAUGUCAGGUGAAAGUGAAAAGAAGAUCCGUGAGCUGUUCGAAGAGGCAAAGACAUUGGCACCUUGUAUAAUCUUUUUCGAUGAAAUCGAUGCCAUCACCCCAAAGAGAGAAGGAGCUCAAAGAGAAAUGGAGAGAAGAAUCGUGGCACAAAUGCUUACAUCUAUAGAUGAGCUAAGUCUCGACAAGACAAAUGGACAACCGGUAAUCAUCAUCGGUGCUACAAAUAGGCCAGAUUCAUUGGAUCCAGCGCUCAGAAGAGCUGGUAGAUUUGAUCGUGAAAUUUGUCUGAACGUUCCAAACGAAGCAUCAAGACUGCACAUUUUGAAAAAGAUGACUCAAAACUUGAAGAUUGAUGGUUCUCUCGAUUUUGCUAGACUUGCAAAGGCAACACCGGGUUACGUUGGUGCUGAUCUCAAGGCAUUGACAACUGCAGCUGGUAUUUGCGCUAUCAAGAGAAUCUUUAGUAAUUUAACCAUUGAAGACGAUGUCAAUUCACAAAUGGAAUUGGAGUCUCUCUCCACGAUUCAAAAGUUCUUACUGAGACAUCCAACCCCAUUGACUCCAGAGCAAUUGGCACCUCUGGCAAUUACCUACGAAGAUUUCCUUGUUGCUUUACCAACGAUUCAACCUACUGCAAAGAGAGAAGGUUUUGCGACUGUUCCAGAUGUCUCUUGGGAAAACGUUGGUGCUCUUUCCAACAUACGAAUUGAACUCAAUAUGGCCAUUGUCCAACCAAUUAGAAACCCUGGUGUCUAUGAGAGAGUUGGUAUUCAUGCACCAGCAGGUGUCCUCAUGUGGGGUCCUCCGGGUUGUGGUAAGACGCUUCUUGCUAAGGCUGUGGCUAACGAGUCAAGAGCAAACUUCAUCAGCAUCAAGGGUCCUGAGCUAUUGAACAAAUACGUUGGUGAAUCUGAAAAGGCUAUUCGUCAAGUCUUUACAAGAGCCAGAGCCUCCGUGCCCUGUGUCAUUUUCUUUGAUGAAUUGGAUGCGUUAGUUCCAAGAAGAGAUUCUUCUCUUUCAGAGAGUUCAUCCAGAGUUGUCAACACCUUGUUGACUGAAUUGGAUGGUUUGAACGAUAGAAAGGGUAUUUUCGUCAUUGGUGCAACAAACAGGCCAGACAUGAUCGACCCUGCUAUGUUAAGACCUGGAAGAUUGGACAAGACCUUAUUCAUCGAGCUUCCUAACGCACAAGAAAGACUGGAUAUUCUUAAAACUGUCAUCAAGAUGAACAAGACACCAUUGGCACCAGAAGUUGAUCUAUCAGCGAUUGCCCAUGAUGAGCGUUGUCGAAACUUUUCUGGUGCAGAUCUCUCUGCUUUGAUUAGAGAAUCCGGUGUAAUUGCCCUUAAAAAGAAGUUUUUCCAAAAGCCAAUUGAUAACCAAGACGAUAUGAUGGAUGAUAGUGAUGAUGCCAUAUUGGUUACGCCUGAUGACUUCGAAAGAGCUCUCAAUAGCGUCAAGCCUAGUGUUAAUGACAGGGACCGUGCAAAGUACGAGAAGUUGAACAAGAAAAUGGGUUGGUCAUUAGCUUCAGAAGACGUCUCAGAGGCAAAAUCAUCAGAUUAA